GCGGCCACCCCAGAGGCCGAGCAGUUUCCGGAGAGCUCAGAGCUGGAGGACGACGACGCCGAGGGCCUGUCCUCCCGACUCAGCGGCACCCUCAGCUUCACCAGCGCCGAGGACGACGAGGACGACGAGGACGAGGACGAGGACGACGCGGAGGCUGGCCCUGACCCGCUGCCCCUCGGGGAUGGGACGUCAGGAGAAGACGCAGAACGGAGCCCCCAACCUGAUGGGCAGCGGGGCAGUCAGCUCCUGGCGCGGCAGCUGCAGGAUUUCUGGAAGAAGUCCCGGAACACCCUGACACCCCAGCGGCUGCUCUUCGAAGUGACCAGCGCCAACGUUGUCAAGGACCCGCCCUCCAAGUACGUGCGGGGGCUGUCAGAAGAACUAACUGCUCUAUGGGAAGGGAGUACAAAAAAAGGGGCAGCAGCCCCGGGCACUGAAGCUCAUCUCUGUCUUUCUCUCUUCUUGCUGCCUUGGGCCUGGGUCAUUUCAGACAAACCUCAGCUCUACACCCUCGCCGUGAUAGGCCCAGGGCCACCAGAUUGCCAGCCAGCCCAGAUCUCUCGCCGUUACUCGGACUUUGAGCGGCUGCACCGAAACCUGCAGCGGCAAUUCCGGGGUCCAAUGGCUGCCAUCUCCUUCCCCCGUAAGCGGCUGCGCCGGAAUUUUACUGCAGAGACCAUUGCCCGCCGUAGCCGGGCCUUUGAGCAGUUCUUGGGUCACCUGCAGGCAGUGCCUGAGCUGCGCCAUGCCCCGGACCUGCAGGACUUCUUCGUGCUGCCAGAGCUGCGGCGGGCACAGAGCCUCACCUGUACUGGCCUCUAUCGUGAGGCUCUGGCACUCUGGGCCACUGCCUGGCAGCUGCAAGCCCAGCUGGGCACCCCCUCUGGCCCAGACCGCCCCCUGCUGACCCUGGCUGGGCUGGCCGUGUGCCACCAGGAGCUGGAAGACCCUGGGGAGGCCCGGGCAUGCUGUGAGAAGGCCCUGCAGCUGCUUGGGGACAAGAGCCUCCACCCUUUGCUGGCACCCUUUCUGGAGGCCCAUGUUCGACUCUCCUGGCGCCUGGGCCUAGACAAACGUCAAUCAGAGGCUCGGCUCCAAGCCCUGCAGGAGGCAGGCCUUACCCCCACGCCACCCCCUAGUCUCAAAGAACUGCUCAUCAAGGAGGUGCUGGACUAACCCUUGCCUAGGUUUAAGGCCACUGUGAGGAGAGAGGCUGCCCCAGAAUGCAGGGGAAGGACCCAAUGAGGACAGAAUAGCUGGGAGCACCUAGAAGUUCCAAAAGAGAAUGUGAAGCAGAUCAAGGAAACUUCUGUUGAGCUGGGCUCAGGAUGAGCUUUGGCUGGGGUUGCCCUGGUAUAGUACAGGGAAGAAGUCUGACACAGCCUCUCCAGCUUAUAGACAGCCAAGGGGCUGUGGCACAGGUCAGGGGCAAUGUUCCCUUGUUGGUGGGCCCCCAAGCUGGCGAGGCCUCCUCUGAAGGCCAGGGACUCUGCCCUGGAGUCCUGGAGUUGAGGGAUGAAGGCAAGGUCUGGCCCAGGGGAAUUAAAGGCCAGCCACUCCAGUGGUAUCAGUCUCUUUAUUGGAUGUGAGGGCCAAAAGGGACUGUAACUGCUGUCUCAGGAAUGGGGAUAGAUGGGAGGUUCUUGAAGCCCCAGGCCAAGCUGGUACCUCUGGCUACAGCUUGCUCUCUGAGACCUGGGGCUUCACUCGGAUCACGCCCUCCUGGGCACAGGUCACAGCUAGGACUCCAUCCUGACGCCACAGCCGCCCAUGGACCAGCCCCCGAGAGCCACCUGUGGGUGAGGUGAAAGGUGAGGAUGGCCUGCUUCAGAACAGCCAAAUGCACUUCUUUUUUUCUGAAACAGAGUCUAUGUUGCCCAGGCUGGUCUCAAGUUCCUGGGUUCAAGGGAUCCUCCCACCUCAGCCUCCUGAGCAGCUGGGAUUACAGGCUUAGCACAGCACCACGCCCGACCUCCAAGUGGACUUCUUGAAAAGGGUCUGGCCCAGGGCAGGGCUGCCCCACACAAGGGUGUGCUGAGUGUCGUGGCUGCUCCAAAUGCCCCUUCUUGAGCUUAUUAUGGACCAUCAUUGAGGGGUAACUCCUCCCACAGGAACCCCACUUGAUAGUUUAAAAGCACUUUCACACCUCUGCUCGCUUCCUCAAAAAGAUCACGGAGGGAGGAGCUCUCAGAAUAGUCUCCUUCAACUGCUUGGCAGCAGAACUGCUAUACCUCUGGCCACUCGUGUUAGGAAACCUAUUGGCUCCCUGUAUAAUAAAUCAAGCCAGAUCCUCCAAGUGGUGAUUCCUGAAAAAUAUCCCCACUACCACCACCAAGGGGAAGAAGGGGCUCAGCAGAGGAAUUAAAGCCAUGAGGUCUGGCCUCUUCCCUCCCCACCUGGAGAUUCUUGCUCCCUUGCUGGCUUUGGGCCUGAGUUUGAUGUUUAUGAGGAUGAUUGCUGGUUUCCCUUACACAUAGCAGAGCUCACUCAGUUCUCACAGUAGCCAAAGGAAGCAGUUAUGUGUUGUCCAGUUUUCCAGAACAGGACUGAAAUCCAGAGAGGGUCAGGAAUUUGGUUCCAUCAUGAGGCCAAAUCUGAACCCAUGUCCUCACUUCAAGGUUAUCAACCUUGGAUUGGGAUGCUAUUGGUACGUGAGAGUACCCCUUAUCUGAGUAUAACGAGUCCUUAAGUUUU